AUGAGUCGUCGUUAUAUAGAAUCACCAGGACAGCAGAAUAUUUCCAUUAUCUUGAAUGGAGAGGAAUCCGAACUCAGAUUUGUUUCCGAUAGUCAAGGAAAUAAGGACUUGUUAUCUAAAGCCGAUGCGUUCCUUGUAGUUUACUCUGUAGUUGAUAAGGCAACGUUCAACCGAGCUGAACAACUGUUGAAUAUGCUACAUAAUAUGGAUCUGAUGAGAACGCGUCCUAUUAUCUUAGUUGCGAACAAAAUUGAUCUAGCACGCUCCCGUGCAGUAUCUUCUCAAGAUGGUAAGUGUAUGGCCUGCACCCACAGAAUCAAGUUUAUCGAAGUCUCUGUGGCAAUUAACCAUAACGUAGAUGAAUUGCUAGCUGGCAUUUUGUCACAGAUUCGAUUGAAAAAGGCUCAUUGCGCCAUACAGGGCACAAGAGAAUCAUCUCCAAAUCACUGGUACAAGAACAGGAGCGUUGUAAGAGCUUCAAUGAAAGCCAGACAGAUGAUCACAUGGGUGUUUGGAAAAGAAGAUUCAAAAUUUAAAAACUGUGAAAACUUACAAGUUCUGUGAAACAAUACUACUGAAAUUUAUGAUGCUUCCUCGAUAGCACAAAUGAUUCAAUACUACCACCUGAUAAAAUCAAAUAUAUUGAUACUCCAUCUUUACACCUUUUUCUAUUGAUCAUAUAUUUUCUAAAUUUUUUUGUUCGAAAAGUGCCUUCUAUAGUUGAACACCAAAGCUGAAGUAGUAUAUCCAAACUUUCAAUGAACUUGUGUGCGUGCAUAUGUACUGUGUGAUUACAUAAUGAAAUAAUAAUAAUAUGUUGUGCAAACAUUUAUCGAUAGAUGUGGACUUGUGCCAAUGUUAAGAAAAAUCUUAUGUUUUUAUUAUAAAGGUAUCCAAAAGCUAAAAGUAAGCACUUCGUGAAAACAAUUUGAUUUUUCAGGUGAAGCGUCACAAAAGGAAAGUGAAUCUUCCCAAUAAAUUAGUUUUACCAAAUGCUCUAAGAAACAACCAAUUUGAAAUUGAUAAUCAUGUUUAAAUAUUUUUUAUAUACGAAAAAAUCAAAGCAAUACAUCUAACUACAUACAAAGUAAUUUUAGUUUUUUAUACAUCUAUUGAAAAAAAAAAACAAGUUGAAUGUGAUGUUGUAUAUCAUAAACUUCAUUGUCUCUAAACAAUUAUCAACAAUGCACUAAAACGACCAAUACGAUAUAUAUAUGAUAAGCACAGCGGAAUCAAUACACCAUUAUAGAGCAAAUAAUUCAAAAGUAAGAUAAAAAUAAAAGUCCGUUUAUAUUUCUGAAUGGUUAUAUAGAAGAAACAAGUAUUUCGAAAAAUCAAACAUUUCAAAAUUGACAUUCACAUACACAUUGUUAAACAUCUUUGUUGAAAUAUUCCAGUGACCUAUUCAAUAAUAUCAAAUUACUUAAAACAAUAAAUAUAACGCAAACAAUAAUUAUACACGAUAUGUAAUACAGAAAACCCGAGUAUCGUAAGUGUCACUUUCAUAAUAAAUUCAAAAAAUUGUUAAUAA